UUGUUUUUUUAAUGCCAUGUUGUUUAUACCCCUUCUUAUUGUCUAUAAUUCUGUCUGCCAUUUGCUCUCCCUAUGCCAACAGGUGCUGUGUCUCUCCCCUACAAAAUCCCUGCUUUCCUCCCUAUGCAACAGUUGCCCCCCAUCCCCUCUUCUCCUCCUCCUCCUACUCCUCUCUCUUUGCUUCUCCUCUGAGGACUGCCAACGUUGAACUCCAUGAAAAGGAGCCACCUUUGAAGGAGAAGCGGGGAGGAAGGAGAACAGGGGCUCUAUUUCCACAAGAAAGAUACCAUCUUUCCCAUAUUCGAAUCUGUGUCUCUAUUCCCUAGCGAUGGCUCCAAGCUUUGACUGUGCUGCCUCCAUCCUCCUCUGCGCCGAGGACAACAGUAGCGUCCUGGGUUUUGACGAUGAUGUUGAUGGGGAGGAGGAUGGGCGUGGGUUUGGUUGGGUUUCUGGGGUGAAAAGUCCCCAUUUUUACGGGGAUUUCCUCGUGGACUUUCCCGUUCUCUCGGAUGAGCGCUUGGGGUCGCUGGUUGAGCGAGAAACGGAAUAUAUGCCGAGGGAGGACUAUGCCGAGAGGCUGCGGUCCGGGGCUCUAGACUUGGCUAUCAGGAGAGAUGCCAUCGAUUGGAUCUUGAAGCUUUCUAAGGUAUUUGGGAUUUCUGUGGCUUUUAGUCAACAUAGCAUUACCUUUCUGAUAUUGACAUUUGGAUCUUGGAAUCUGCAAUGUUGGCUUCUCAAACAAAACAGUGUUCAUGCCCAUUACAGCUUCGGUCCGCUCAGUGCAUAUUUAGCAGUAAAUUACUUGGAUCGGUUCCUCUCUGGCUAUGAGCUUCCUCAAGGAAAGGCUUGGAUGACACAACUAUUAUCUGUGGCCUGCUUAUCUUUGGCUGCGAAAAUGGAGGAAACCGAAGUCCCUCUAUCUCUGGACUUACAAGUAGGCGAUGCAAAAUAUGUAUUUGAAGCAAAGACUAUACAAAGAAUGGAGCUACUGGUGCUUAGCACCCUCAAAUGGAGGAUGCAAGCAGUGACUCCCUUCUCUUACGUAGAUUUCUUCCUUCAUAAGUUCAAUGGUGGUAGUCCCCCAAGCAAGAUAUUGGUGUCUCGGUCCGUGGAACUCAUCUUAAGCAUGGCUAGAGGGACCGAUUUGUUAGUAUUCAGACCAUCCGAAGUUGCUGCGGCCAUUGCGCUGUCAGCUUUGAGGGAAACUCAGGUUGUAGAAGUCGAGAAGGCUUUGUCAUGCUGUAUCCAUGUUGUGCAGGAAGGUGUCUUGAGGUGUUUUGAGGUGAUCCAAGACUUGAUGGCAGUGAGGUCUAGGCCACGCAAAAUUGCUAUUUCAUCAGUUUCCUCUCUACCACAAAGCCCAAUUGGGGUGUUGGAUGCAGCAUGCCUAAGCUAUAACAGUGAUGAUACAACUGCUGGAUCUCAUGCAACAUGUGGAGGUGAUUCUCCAGCUAGUAAAAGGAGGAAAUUAAGCAGCUCAUCAAUCUCAUGAAGAAGACUUUGUGUGCGCUACUUACCUGCUUUGAAGACACUGGUACUUUCCAACAAGUAGUCUGGUUUAUUAGUGGGGCAUAGUGGUCAUAAUUUUGGCAAAACCAAAAUGAUAAAAAGAUGAAUGGAAAAGGAGGAUCUAAUAAAACUGGGCAGUCCAGUCCUUUACCGACGCCUUGGAAAUGAAUCAAGCAGCCACCAGUUUUGUCAAGUCAACAAAAUUCCAGAGUCUGCAAAGAUCAAAAGGAGCAAGGGAAGAAAUUGAGAGAACUGAGGAGACCUGUGUCAUGAUCAAGAUAGGGGGCAACUAGUUGUGAGUGUCUUUGUUGUUGUUGUUGUUGUUGUUGUUGUUGUUCUUUUUCUCCAUUUUGUGAGAAACUAGUAGAUAAAUCCUUUGGGCGAUCAAAAAUUGCCACCCAAAUUAAAAGAAAAAAAAAGAAUAGAGUUGAAGAAAAGGAGGAAGUAGCUUUCCUUGAAAAGGUUUUAUUUGUUGACAUUUUUAAGUGAACUUUUUUUCUUAUUGUA